AUGUUUUCCCCUCGUCGCCUCCGGCUUUACUUGAUUUCCGCCGUGAUACUCGUUUGUUUCAUACUAUAUUUCACUGGAGAUGUCCGGCGCACGCAGGCGUUAAGAGCUGCCGGUACAUCGCAACUGGGGAAAUCAAAUCCCAACUUGAAGGGCUCAUUAGGAAGUCAUGGAAAUGAUAAAGAGAACGAUGGCGGCAUCUUUGAUAAGUUGAAGCCUGGUUCUCUGCGGCCCGGAGACAAGCAGAAACCAGUCAAGGUAGAAGAACCAGAGCAGACUCCGACUUCAGCCAAGAAAGGGAAAGGGAAAGGAAAAGGGAAAGAUGAAGAAGAAGAAGCUACAGACGAUGCGAAGAGCGAAGACGACAUUGUCAACGAAGAGAUGAAUACCAUCUUAAAGAGAUCCCCAAUUAUAAUAUUCUCCAAGUCAUAUUGCCCUUACAGUAAGAAGGCAAAGUAUUUCAUGCUGGAGAAGUAUAAUAUCACCCCCGCUCCCUUUGUGGUUGAGCUGGAUGAGCAUCCGCUAGGCAGGCAGCUGCAGGAUCUGCUAGGGACCAACACUGGCCGCAGGACAGUGCCCAACGUCCUCGUCAACGGCAAGACUAUAGGCGGCGGAGACGACAUCGAAGCCUUGUACCUGUCUGGUGAGCUGGGGACGAAGCUGCAGGCUCUGGGCGGGAAGAGAGUGACAGCGGUUCCUCACAAUGCAGACCCAGACCCAUAG